AUGGCAGCGACAAAAGGAGAGCGAAUUGCCUUGAUCGGGGUGGGCACUAUUGGCAUGUCAAUGGCUGCUCUCCAUCUCGCAAGAGAGAACACGAUUGUGGAUGUCUUCGACACCAGACCAGACCUGGAAGAGUAUCUCCUCAGGACUUUACCAAACUAUCUGAGUGACGGCUCAUCCUUGGGCUCUGAUGAUUCAUCCCCCACAUCGUCGUCUGUGGUCUCUUUGCUAUCGUCAGGUCGGCUUCACAUCCAUACCUCACUCGAAUCUGCUUGUGCAUCGGCCACCAUCAUCCAAGAGCAGGGCCCCGAGAAUCUUGCAUUCAAAAGGUCUCUUUGGGCUCAGGUCGAAUCUAUCGCAGACCCCUCUGCGCACCUUUGGACCAGCACGUCGGGUAUCGCGGCAUCAGCGCAGCAAAGUGAGAUGCGCGACAAAACCCGCCUUCUAGUGGUGCAUCCGUUCAAUCCACCACACAUAAUGCCUCUUCUGGAGAUUGUACCCUCCCCAGCUACUGCACCCGAGCGAGUGGACUUCGCUCGGAAGUACUUCUCGGUGCCAGGAUCGCGCCACCGGCCCGUGGUGAUCAAGAAGGAGAUUCCCGGGUUUGUCGGUAAUCGCUUGGCAUUUGCAUUGCUGCGGGAAGCAUGCUACCUGGUGCAGCAGGAUGUGGUUACUGCCAAGGAUCUGGAUACGAUUCUGAUGGCGAGCCUAGGCCCGCGAUGGGCGGGAAAUGGUGUAUUCGAGAGCUAUCAACAGGGAGGCGGGGAGGGAGGAAUUGGAGCCUUUUUGGAGAAACUGGGCGGGACCAUGCAGGAGGUAUGGGACGGACUAGGGGAGAUUAAUGUGCUUGGAAACGAGGAAUGGAAGGAAAAGGUGAUAUCCCAGACGAACGAGGCCUAUGGGACUUUUACGCCGGAGAAGAUCAAGAAGAAGGAGGAGAGAUUAAAGGACUUUGUGAAGAUUCAGGAGAAGCAAUACGAUAUCACAAUUUAA